UGGCAGUCCAGCUGGAGUGUUUUAUAUUAACUUGCAGGCGUUUGUUUUGAAUAUUACACAUUCAAGAUAUUUGCUUUCCAUUGUCAAUCACUUAUAAGUGGUGAUUGUUUUAUUGUGUGUGAUCGAUCGGGUGUUUACAAGCUCAACAGGGCAGGCGUUCUGUAUUUAUAGCUGAACCCAAAGCUUUUAUUUGCAGAGACAGGCGGAAGUGCUUGGUUCUGAGUGAGUGCGAUUUUGUGCGUUCAAACUGUUGGGAGUGAAGAGGAGAGACCCGAUAGGAGUCAAACACUUCCACGCGCAAAACACUCUGAGGAAAAAAGACGCGCGUGCGGAAGAUUUUUUUUCCUGAUUUUCGUAGAUAUUUUGGCUUCUCCGAACGACGGCAAGUCAACGUUGCGGAGCUGCUUGUUUGCGGGUUUUCCUUUUUGCAGACUGGCAACCUGCCUUCACGUUAAGGAAGAGGAUUGGACCGUCACGUGAACGCACCAAAGGGGGUCAAAACACAGCAGUCAUGGCGGCGGUGUUGCCCAGGACGCUGGGUGAGCUGCAGCUCUACCGAAUCCUCCAGCGAGCCAACCUGCUCUACUACUACGAGGCCUUCAUCCAGCAGGGCGGCGACGACGUGCAGCAGCUGUGCGAGGCCGGCGAGGAGGAGUUCCUAGAGAUCAUGGCGCUGGUUGGAAUGGCCAGCAAGCCGCUUCACGUACGCCGACUGCAGAAGGCGCUGCGUGAUUGGGUCACCAACCCGGCCAUCUUCAACCAGCCGCUCACCUCGCUGCCCGUCUGUAGCAUUCCUGUCUACAAACUGCCCGAAGGCUCGCCCACGCUGCUGGCCGCCCAGGACCGGGCCAACACGUCCAGCGUCAAGAUGCCUAAAGCGGUGGCCACCUGCUCGGACACAGCCAAGCCAGAUGGGACUCGGGACAAGGUGUCGGCGGGCUCGCCCUUGGCGGGCAACGCCGAGGCUCGCUUCUGGUCGGGACACAGCAACGAUAGCGAGCACAGCCUGUCGCCCUCGGACCUCGGUUCCCCGUCUUCCCCCAGAGACGUGCUGGAGUCCCUGGACGCGGCUGCCGUGCAGUCGGUCCUGGAGUGUGUGGACAGGAUGGCGCCGGGGCUCGCCAAGGCGGACCUUGCUGAGGUCAAAGAGCAGCUGAAGAGCAACAAGAAGCUAGCAAAGAUGAUCGGACACAUCUUUGAGCUUAGCGACGACGACCCGAGGCGGGAGGAGGAGAUUCGCAAGUACAGCGCCAUAUACGGACGCUUCGAUUCCAAAAGGAGGGAUGGCAAACAUUUGACGCUCCACGAGCUGACGGUGAACGAGGCAGCGGCGCAGCUCUGCAUGAGAGACAUGGCCCUGCUCACUCGCAGAGACGAGCUGUUCGGACUGGCCCGGCAGAUCUCCAGAGAGGUCACGUACAAAUACACCUACCGCACCAGCAAGUCUCGCUGCGGGGAUCGAGACGAGCCUUCACCCAAAAGGAUUAAAACUGAAGAGAACUUCUUUGACAUCCAGGAGGCCCUGCAGGCCAUCCACAUGAGGCAGGAAAUGCUCAGGGAGCAGCUGGCCUGCGCCAAGUCCAAAGGAGACGAAAGCAUCGGACGGAGUCUGCAGCUGCAGCUUGAGCGUCUGCUGGCCAGACAGAUGGAAAUCCUGCAGGACGCCGCGGUCCAGGAGCGACUGCAGGCUCUGGACUGGAGGAUCCCCCCUGCCGCCUUGAAGUACCUCGCCAGCGCCCACAGCACCAACGGAGCCGCCAGUGACUCCAGCAAGGAGAAUCAAGAUGAGCGACCCAUCAACUUGCGGGUGGUGAGCCAAACCAUGCAGGAAGGUGAGCUCCCGCUAGGCAAGCAGCUGGCCAAUGAGUUGAAGCGUCACCACAACCACAACCACAACAGCGUCACGGAUGAGGCCAAGAUACCAGCGACGGAAAACGGGAUGUCGCAGCGGGCGGCCGGCAACACGGAAAAAAAGACCAUCAAGUCAGAACCCGAGGACUCCACAUAGUGCCUCCUUCCCUCCCUCCCGCUCGGUCUCGUGCUCGUACGCAGAUGUCAGCCGUCACUAGAAACUAAGCAAGCAACGCCACAGUAGAGCCUUAACAAACCAACGUUGCCUCACCGAGAGCAUUUAUUUUCCUUGAGUUUGUCUUUGUGUCAGCGCCAAAGUAUCAAGAGAGCCUGCCGACAUGCCCCCGUCGAGCUUGGCGGUGUCUUCUCUCCACUACAAAUACAUUUGCAGUUGUCCUUCAUGCUGGGCCUGAAUCUGAACCCCGCCUCCGUCCUUCUCCCAAAUCAUUGAAUGUUGGGGUCAAACGGGUCGGCGAGGUUCUGUCAGGAGACUGAAUUUGAGUCCAGACCCAGUAUCGGGCUCCUUGUCUUUAUUUUAGGGAUGACUCCGCCUCUCCUCUCGCUUGUCUCGUGUAUAUUUGUGGGAGAGGAAGCAUUUCUGAGCUACGAGCCGUGUUGCCUCAGGCUUGCAUGGUGUCACGCCGCCGGUGAAAUCCAGAAGCACACAUCUGCUGACAGAAGAUUCCAGGACCGAAGAUGCAGCAUUGCAUCACACCUUCAGGUGUGCGUCCUCGCGGACUGUAAAUAAUUCUGUAUUAACAAAUUGUGUUAGCUAAUCUCAACCAGGGUUCUGUUAUGUCAAGUGUAACUUUACUGUGGAUGUUUGUGUCAAUAGUGUUCAUGUGCAUUAACAAAAAAAUCAGCGUAAAAAAAAAAUCAAGUGUGAAACCUGCUUUCCACGACGACUAUGAUAUUGAUGUCUCGCUAUCUCUCCAUGCGUAUUUCGUAGUAGAAACAUUUCAAGAGUUCUGUGCGUCCUGACAAGUUGGUCUGACCCCCUCCCCCCCUCCAAAACCCCUCGCAGUGGCAAUGCAAUAUCUAUGUGACUAACAUCUAUGGAUUGUUCAGUGACUGUAUGUUUGUCGUCCAAAGAUGCUCAUGUUGUCUUCACGUGCGGCACACUGUAUUUGAAAACUAGUGAGGACUCACGAUGACGUGGUGAUGUUUUCAGUGAAAGCCUUAUCGGCCUAUCCUCACAAAUUAGAUUAGGCUCCACCUAGUUAUGCACCUCUUUUUUUUUUUUUAAACACUAAUAUAUUUUAUUGUUAUACAGUAACAUUAAACUUUAUUUUUGGAACCCAA